CAACCAGGAUCCCUACACCUGCCAGCCAGUCUCGGGUUUGACUUCAACGAGGCUUGCGCACAACGGGAGCCGCGCAGCAUCCGAGCAUCUCAGCGGAUCAGCUGUUAUUUUAUUUUAUUUUUUUACUGGAAUUUUUUACUUUCUUCUUUAGUUAUCAGCUCAUCAUAGAUUACGAGGAAGGCUGUGGACUACUCAAAUUUCUUCUGAUACUUUUUUUUUUUCCACUUAUGACACAAUUGGCACAUUACUGCGCGCUGGCAGCAACACAAGGAGGCAGAUGAAUAUCGGACAAUUAUCGGCGCUUUUAUUAAGACCCCCCCCUCCCCUUCCUUCUUCAAAUUACCUAUGAUUAACGAUUUAUUUUGUGGUCCGUCCUACAGAAACGAUAUCCUGCUCAACAAGGCAGUGAAUGAAACGCACUUGAGCCGCGGUCAGUGUCCAGAGCGCAAAAUGUGUUGGCUCAGUCCACCUGCCCGGGAAUGAACAAUUUGGAUUAUUGUAAUUAAUAAGAAGAUAGGAGUGAGCACAUGACGGAGUGCUUAAGAUGUCAUCACAGUAAAUCUUCAGCCUAACAUUGCUGCUUUGCCAUCAGUGUGUCUGCGCUGUAACGCGCGCUGCGCUUAAAUCGCACUCGCCUGUCUCUGCGUGAAGAACGAAAAACACUUGGGGGAAAAAAAAGAUGAUAUUUUUUCGUAAAUUCCGAGUGCUGAUACUCAUGGUGUUUCUGGUCGCGUGCACCAUGCACAUCAUGAUAGAUCUGUUGCCGAAACUGGAAAAGGAGGCGGCGGGCGUGGGGAGCGGCGACGGCGGCUGCCAAUGCGCCCAUCACCCGGGCGGAGAGUCGCAGGGCUGGGCGAAGCAACCCGCCAUGCCCGCGGCCGAAGCGGGCUGGCCUAACAAGCACACGCUGCGGAUCCUCCAGGACUUCAGCAACGAGCCGAGCUCCAACCUCACGUCGCGUUCCCUGGAGAAGAUCCCGGCAGCCGGGGACCGAGCGGAGUCCUUCGGGCGGACCAAGCCGCCGGCGGGGAACGCGGACGACCACAAACCGCUGAUCGGAGCCGCGGGGCCAGCUCGGCCGGCGGCCCCCGCCGCCCCCGGUGCAUCCCGCUUGUUUGCUCUGUUUGAGCAUCCUUUCUACAACGUUGAGCUUCCCUCCCUCACCAGCGAUGACACUUUGUUCAACGUCAACACCGACAUCAGGUUUUAUAACAAAGCAAAUGGGAACCAAGGAUGGCACAAUGCGGAGGGGAACGAAGAGGAGGAGGAGGACGAAGAGGAGUUCUCUCCAAAGGAAGAAGGCACCGCAGAAUCGUACCCUAACUGGUUACGUUUUCAUAUCGGCAUCAACCGCUAUGAGAUGUACUCCAGGCACAGUCUGGUGCUGGACGCCCUGCUGAAGGACCUGGCCACGCAGGAGGUCACCAGCGUGGCCAUGAAAUCGGGAGGCACCCAGCUGAAGUUGAUCAUGACUUUCCAGAACUAUGGACAAGGUCUGUUCAAGCCCAUGAAGCAGACUCGAGAGCAGGAAACCCCUCCGGACUUCUUCUACUUCUCUGACUUCGAGAGGCACAACUCUGAGAUCGCCGCUUUUCACUUGGACAGGAUCCUUAAUUUCCGGCGCGUGCCCCCAGUGGCAGGGCGACUCGUCAACAUGACAAGGGAGAUCAGGGACGUGACGCGCGACAAGAACCUCUACAAGACCUUCUUCGUCUCACCAGCCAAUAACCUGUGUUUCUACGGCGAGUGCUCGUACUACUGCUCCACCGAGCACGCGCUGUGCGGUAAACCGGACCAGAUCGAAGGCUCGCUGGCAGCCUUCCUGCCGGACCAGAACCUGGCCAAACGCAAGUCAUGGAAGAACCCCUGGAGACGAUCCUACAGCAAACGCAAGAAAGCAGAGUGGGAGGUGGACAAGGAUUACUGUGACGAGGUGAAGAAGACUCCUCCGUACGACCGAGGGACUCGACUGCUGGACGUGAUGGACAUGACCAUCUUUGACUUCUUAAUGGGUAACAUGGAUCGACAUCACUAUGAAACUUUUGAGAAAUUUGGAAACGACACCUUCAUUAUUCACCUGGACAACGGAAGAGGUUUUGGAAAACACUCCCACGAUGAGCUGUCCAUCCUGGUGCCUCUCAUCCAGUGCUGCAGGCUGAAGACAUCGACCUACCUGCGUCUGCAGCUGCUGGCCCAAGAGGAGUACCAGCUGAGCUCCCUGAUGGAGGAGUCCCUCCUCCGGGACCGACUGUCCCCGAUCCUCAUCCGGCCUCACCUGCACGCCCUGGACCGCAGGCUCCGCCUGGUGCUGCAGGUCCUGGCGGGCUGCAUAGAGAAAGAGGGUCAUGGUAACGUUUUGGAGGAAGAUGUUGGCGGGGACCCGAAGGCCACCCAGAGGACGCCGGGCCACAGGUAGUGAGGGCAAGACGCGCCAGGUGACGGGAAACGACACACACGUGAACGAUGGACCGAGUCUGUGGCUGUUUUGACCAAUGGGAUCGCAGCGAGAGUCCACACAAGAUAUCGAGCUGAAUUCAGUGAAUUCCAAGACUUGCCAUCAUUGCCUCUCUGCAAGCUGCUUUUAAGUGUGCUCACACCAGGGGGGCGGGACAGGACGGGGGGGGGGGCUUUGUAUCGAACAGAUGCAUUUUUGUUGUGUGGGACGGAUAGGAACCGUCGAUUCCUGACUGUUGCUGAUUUAAUUCUUUGUUUGUUCUGAAUGUGGAGGGUGCCAGUUUGUUUUAGGUGUUUUAUCACAUUACUACGUAACCAAAUGACAAAGUACUCUGACUUGUCGGCUCGUGUUGCCGGACAAAAAGCUUUAUCGUUUUUUUCUUUGUAAAACAUGUGAGGCCCGGGACUAAGCGCCAACCACCGCGGGAAUAACAGCUUCAAAAAGUCUUUGCUGUCACAAAAUGUCACAGUAUCAGACCAGACUGACAUGUUAUCACAUACUUCUGAACGGCAUUAAUCUGAGUGCAAGUAUAUUUAACUGUUUGUUCACUUUGCCUUAUUCUGAUUUGUGUCUCUUUUUUGAAUCGUCUUCUUUUCCCCCAUCUCCCGUGCAAGUGUAGCGUUCGUAAAAUGCAGUACAACACUAAAAUUGUGUUUUCCAAACCAAAAAUAAUGCAGAGAGACCAGAUGGUUUGUUUGUGAAAUGAUCAUUUCAUUCAAAUUCACUGACAUUCUUAAAUGAGCACCGGAAACAUCUAGAGUUGUCUGUUGUGAUACUGUUUUGCCAUUCAUGCAUCACAAAAUGUUAAAGUUUGUAUGUGGAAAUUUUAUGAGAUUUCAUGUCAAGAUAACUAUUUAUUGAUGUGUCACAAAGAUUGAGAGCCCUUUAAUCACUUCUCUGUUAUGCUGGUCUAUACUUUGAGAUAUGAUAACCUAAGUUACCAUAGAGUUUAGCUAUUUAAAUUUCCUUUAAAUACUAUUUCUGAUGUUCACUUGGUAGGACAACAACACGCCUAUUUGAUUUCUGACUCCUGUGCACUGGAUGACCGGCGACCCGUUCAAGGAGAGAAGGACAGUACUUGAAUGUUUUGGGGUCGGCAGUAUAGACAACAUGUAUAGAGUUACAAAUGGUGUACAGUCUGAGUGGAGACUUUUGCUUUGAGGGGGAGAACGGGGCUAAAAAUGCCUCAUCGAUCCACCAGGAGGACUUUGGGCACAGUGCUUUUAUCUUCACAUUGUCAGUGUAAAUACCCAAAGUCAGUUUGAAGACCUGAAAAGCUGCACCGUGAUUUGCUUCUGUUUUCUGCUAUUGCAUUGUUACUGUGAAGAUCUGUUUACUAAAUGAUUAAAGUGUGCAAUGAAAACCAAA